GAAAACGACUCACACAACAAACCAACCGAUUGACAAGUGUCAAAGUGCACAGACAGCAAGUGAAGUGAGAGAAAUUCGGAUUGGGUGAAAAGUUGCUAUCCAAAAUGCGAUUCAUUGCGCUACAUGCAACCAACACGGCGAUCGUGUACAAAAAUUCGCUGUGCUCGUUCGCCUCGCUGCUGGUCCUGGCCUUCGUGGCGCUGUCCGUGAUGCUGCCCGUUCUGUUGGUGUCCCUACUCAGCCCGUACUCGGGCAUAUCCGAGUCACGGGUGCUGUACGAGCAGCCCAAUGUGGUGUACAACUACCAGUAUAUAUUCGUGGGCAGCACGGAGCCAGGAGAGGAUGGCGAGGCAGAAUCGUUGGUCGCGUGCAGCAGCUUCAGCUACUUCAAUACUCAGAUGAGGCAAUACACCAACAGCUGCGCCGCCAGCAAGUACUGGACAGAGGAUGUGGAUUAUGACACGGUCACGGAUCGGGCACACUUCCAGCUGGAACUACAGGAUAUUCCGGCACGCCUGAUGCACUUUGAUUUGCUGCUCUUCUUCGACGCCCAUCUGCAGCACAAAUGCGAUCUGUCACCGCCCUCGGUGCUGGCGCAUCAGCUCCAGUUGCCUGUGUCCGGGCGCUUUCGAAACGGUCGCAUCCAACUCAAGGGCGAGCUGCAGCUGAAGCAGUACAUUGAGUUCACCUGCCCCUUUCCUGGGCGCAACAUCAAGACCAAGUUUCGCCCCGUCGAGGUGCACACGAACGCCAGCCAUGUGGACAUGUCGCAGUACAAAAUGGAAUCCCUGAUGGCCCAGGUCAAAGCCAAUCCAGCCUACUUCCAGUUAUCCAUUCAGGAGACCUACUACCGACCAACGUCGCCACGCGUGGACCCAGGCCUGAGCAUCGAACUGGAGCUGGAUGUGCUGCAGGUUCCGGCGCGCUAUCAUCUGAGCAUUUGGGAGCGCCUCGGACAGUUCUGGCUGUACUUUGCCUCCUUCUUUGGCAUCUCCUUUUACAUCAUGAACAGGCUGAAGGACUUUCUCUUUGGACGCCACAUCAUACGCUCCUGGGAGAUCAUACCGUGGAAGAAGCUCUACUGACACGAGUCGGGCGCCAUUCUGGAGAUGGACAACUUCUCGAUUGGCGAGUGAGGGCUGCGCGACAACUGGGAUUUUCCAAUGGCAUUUUUCAUUGUCAGUCAAAUAAUAAAUACAACUAUACAGAGAAUUUAAG